AUGGCCGCGAUGCACAAACUCAGCCUACCUUGGUUCCUUCUCUAUAGAAGGAGGUUUUUCUUUGCCGCGUGUGCAUACAUACAAAGUACAGAAGCUGCCACUGACAUGCUGAUGGAUGCAGGCUGCUGUACUUACGGCUCGAAAAGGAUGGCUUCACUGAGUACUCUGUACUCCGUACUCGAUGGGCUAACCUUCCCUGCUUGGCAGUAA